GAUUUUCUACUGCUCAUGAAUAAAUUUUGUAUUGUUGCUUUCAAAUUUCCAAGAUAUCUCAAGUAAGACGAAAGACAUAAAACAAUUUUACAUGGACUCAAAACAACAAUAGGGACAAUAGACCUCAAGCAAAAUGAUUUUUAGCCAACCUCAUUCCAUACAGCCGGACAAAAUGCCGGAACUUAAUUGGCUCCUCUGCAAUUUUUCCCAGGAAAAGGUUGCCCUUUUAUUGAUGACAAGACAGAGAAUUAAAGGUAUGAAUUAAAAGCAUAAUGUGCCUCUGUCCUAACCUAUUAAAGAAAUUGGGACAGGUUCUGGAGUAGGCCUCACCUGCACUGAAGCAUUCAAAGCUGCUUUUGAUUUAUGAAAUGCUCGGAGAAGUAAAGGCAGUGUUUUUCAAGUGGGACUGAAAGGUCAAAUGACUGAGUGAACUACCCAGAUUUGUCAAUAUUUAAGAACUCGGAUUGUUGUCCUAUUUUAUCCAACAAGUUUCCCUUCUUUAUCACCAGAGAUAAUAAUGGUGCAAAGGAUUGAAAAGUGGUGAAAUUUCUCCAGCAAUUCAAUAAUGAAUGUUUCAUGUGCAGUACAGAGGGAUCUUUCUACCCCAUAAGUGGGAUGAUGCUUUAGUUAAUGACCAGAGAAACAGAGAUAUAAGUAAACCGCCAAAGGUAAUAUUAAACUCUAUACCUUCUACCUAGUUCCUUGAUACUUUUUUGUUUUUUCAUACUUUACUAUCCUAUUCUGCUCUCUAGCUACAACAAUGGACCCUUCACGGAUCCUAGGAUGUACAGAGGAAUGUAGUGGUAGUAGGGACAAUGAGUCUGGGUGGACAACUUACAUUGCCUCUCGUACCCAACAAAACCACCACCAUGAUGAUGGUGGUUAUAAUCUCAGCACUGGUAAGCAAGCAGAUCACAGAAAUGGCAAUCAUAGUAAAGACGAUGAUAGUGAGAGUGAUGACUCGAUGGCCUCAGAUGCCUCUUCUGGCCCAAGCCAUCAAGAAUUUCAAUGUACAAGCAAUAAAAAAAGUGUCGGUUCCAAGCAUGCAGCUAUUAAAUACUCAUCAAGAGAAAAAUUUCAGGAACAAAUUAAACAAAGAGAAGAACCAUGGCCAAGGACCAAACUAAUAAAACAAGAAUUGGUUCUUGAUGCAAGAAGUGCUACUAGUCACAUUCAUGGUGGAACCAAGGUAAGUAAAACCAAGAAAUGCUCCUAAGUUUUGAUUUGUCCUAAAAUACAGCCAAGUUUUGUGUCAUAAUGUUCCUUAGGUGACCAGAAACAGAACAAAGUCCAUGCUUUCUUCACAAGUUUCAGAAAUUAAAUGUAAUACUGGAAUCUUAAAAUAUAAAUGAGUGAGAAAGUCUUAGGCGGGCUUAGUUUUUGGUAGAGCACCAUGCUCAGAUUAUUUGCGUUGUGGCCCAAUAACAUAGACCUAUGAGACAGAGUGGCUUGCUAGUGUGUUCAAUCAUAAAUCAAGUGUAGUUAAGAAUUUACAUCAUGAUAAGAUUUUUUUUUUGUUUUUUCUUUUUCAA